AGAUAAACCUUGGGGUAAGAUCCUUGGAGCCUUUUCCCUUCCCCGGGAGGCAGCAGCAGGCUGGUGGUGACAAUCUACCAAGGUCCAAGAAUAGGGCAUCUUCCCCUCUCCAAGCUGGCCACACAGGGCCAAUGGCAUGAGGACAGGCUGACAGUGAGACUGGUCACCUUCCCCCACUGCUUGUCUUUUGGGGAAUGCUCCUAAAGAAUUUGGAACAGCUCUGUCAUGGCCACACGGUGUAGUGCCCCUUGCUGGACUUGAUGGACACAGCUGGUGCCAUGCAGCUGGACUUUUCUCUUCUGGAGGGGACUGCCCAGCCCACAGUGAGUGCAGCAGUCCUGAGUGCCACCUCACUUGUCACCCAGUCUAAAGCCGGGUCAGAGCCAGCUCCAAAGCUCCGCAGCCUUGCCAGCAGAGCUGGCAGCCACAGUCCUCCGCAGUCCAGGUUAAUUGAGCCUCUCCUCCCAGUCUCCUGUCACCUUUCCAUAGCUGCAGCCCUGUGCAGACAACCCCCCCCACAGUCCCCAAGAGAAACAGUGAUGGCAGGAUGGGGAAACUAAGGCAUGUUGGAGCCGCACAGAAAUGCCUGAGGUCUCAGGGCUGGAGAAUUGAAGGGUUGUGCAUUACUGAGUGGGGUGGAUGGUGAGUGGUGGAGGAAGAAUAACUCGUACAGGGAUGAUGCUCGGGCUCCGUGGAAUGGGAUCUUGGUGGUGCAACCAGCAGAGCUGAGUGGCUGCAGGUCUGUCUCAGGUGCCUAGGAUGCUGGCGCUGUGCCUGCUGUCCCUGGCCUGGCUCAGUGAGGGCUCCCAGCGCAGUGAGCCCAUGUUCACCGCCGUCACCCACCAACUGCUCCCGCCUGACUACGACAGCAACCCCACACAGCUCAACUACGGCGUGGCUGUCACUGACCUGGAUGCUGAUGGCAGCUUUGAGAUCGUGGUGGCUGGAUACAAUGGCCCCAACCUGGUGCUCAAGUAUGACAAGGCACGGGGCCGGCUGGUCAACGUGGCAGAGGAUGAGUACAGCUCCCCUUACUAUGCGCUGCGGGACCGGCCAGGCAAUGCUAUCGGUGUGACAGCGUGUGACAUCGACGGGGAUGGCCGUGAGGAAAUCUACUUCCUCAACACCAACAAUGCCUUCUCUGGCAUGGCCACCUACACGGAUAAGCUCUUCAAACUCCGCAACGGGCGCUGGGAGGACCUGCUGAGCGACGAAGUGAACCGCGACGUGGCCAGCCGCUUCGCAGGGCGCUCUGUCGCCUGUGUGGACCGCACGGGGUCGGGCAGGUACUCUAUCUACAUCGCCAACUACGCCAGUGGCAAAGUGGGCCCACAUGCGCUGCUGGAGAUGGACGUGGCUGCUAGUGACCCUGCCCGUGGCAUCGUGGUGCUGGUGGACGUGGCCGCCCAGGCUGGUGUCAGCAAGUACACAGGGGGCCGUGGUGUGGCUGUAGGCCCCAUCCUGAGUGACAGUGCUUCUGACAUCUUCUGUGGGAAUGAGAACAGCCCCAACUUCCUGUUCCACAACCGUGGGGAUGGGACAUACCAGGACGUGGCAGCUGUGGUAGGGCUGGAUGACCCCUACCAGCAUGGACGUGGUGUGGCACUGGCUGACUUCAACCGUGAUGGCCGUGUGGACAUUGUCUAUGGCAACUGGAAUGGGCCGCACCGCCUCUACCUCCAGGCAGGGGCCCCUGGGCGCAUCAAAUUUCGGGACAUUGCCACUCCCAAGUUCUCCAUGCCAUCCCCUGUCCGCACUGUCAUCGCUGCUGACUUUGACAAUGAUCAGGAGCUGGAGGUCUUCUUCAACAACAUUGCCUACCGCGGCUCCUCCGCUAAUCGCCUGUUCCGGCUCAUCCGCAGGGAGCACUCAGACCCCAUUGUAGAAGAGCUGAACCCGGGGGAUGCGCUGGAGCCCGAGGGACGGGGCACUGGGGGUGCGGUGACAGACUUUGAUGGCGAUGGGAUGCUGGAUCUGAUCCUAUCCCACGGCGAGUCCAUGGCACAGCCACUCUCCAUCUUCAAGAGCACCCAGGGUGCUGGCAACAACUGGCUGCGGGUUGUGCCACGCACCCGCUUUGGGGCCUUUGCACGAGGAGCCAAGGUGGUGCUGUUCACACGACGCAGCGGUGCCCACCUGCGCAUCAUCGAUGGCGGCUCAGGGUACCUGUGUGAAAUGGAGCCCGUGGCACACUUUGGACUGGGACGUGACGAAGCCAGCAGCCUGGAGGUGACGUGGCCCGACGGCCGUGUCCUGGUGCGAGCGGUGGCCAGCAGUGAGACCAACUCUGUCCUGGAGGUCCCCUAUCCACGAGACACAGAGAAACCACCGAUGCCCACCCUGCUGGAGUGCGGGCAGGGAUUCUCCCAGCACGAGAACGGACGCUGCGUAGACACCAACGAGUGUGCUGAGUUCCCCUUUGUCUGCCCCCGGGAGAAACCCAUCUGCAUCAACACCUAUGGCGGGUACCGCUGCCGCAGCAACAAGCGCUGCGCUCGUGGCUUCGAGCCCAAUGAGGAUGGCACAGCAUGUGUGGCUCAGGUGGCCUUUUUUGGGGGAUACCCCUCCACCGGGAGCUGGCCCUGGGCCCCCCAACGCAUUCUCCUCUCUCUGGGCUUCGGACUCUGCCUUUGCCUCUAUGCACUUUAACCCUGCCUGUAACACCCGAGCAGCCUUGGCGAAGGAGCAGCCAGCCUCUGUCUGUCUCUUUUUCUCU